CCUUUAAAAUAUUUCAUAAAAAUAAAUUAUAUAUAAAUACAAACCUGGAGAAUCCUUAUAGUAUAUACAAACAUGCCUCCAUCCCCAUUGCCGUUUUUACCCGAUGAUCUCAUCGCCGAGGUGUUAUCCUUUCUUGAUGUGAAAUCUAUUCUGCGAUUCAAAUGUGUUUGCAAGUUUUGGAACACUCUCUUUUCAGAUCCCACCUUUGUGAAACUGCAUCUCAAGAAAUCAGCAAAACGAAAUACUCACUUCUUACUCAUCACCCAACAUGUAACUGAUAUCCCUGGUGUGUCAUCGAAUGGCAGUGAUGAUAGAUAUGUGCGUGACUAUGGUGUCAUUCCCUACUCCGUAAGCACUUUACUCGACAAUCCGUCUUUCACCCUUUCUGUCGAUGACAAAUACCUGGUGCAACCCAAAGGAUGCUCUAAUAUUGUUGGUUCCUGCAACGGAUUGAUCUGUUUGGUUGGUAGAUCCGUCACCCGUCAGUAUUAUGAGUACUCUUUCCGACUAUGGAAUCCAGCCACCAGGACGACAUCUCCAAAAUUAGGGUUCUUACACUUAUUUCACAGUAGUUCCGUUUUCCCUUCCUCUCAUGAUGGCUAUUACAAUUUCCUCUUUGGUUAUGAUAAUUCAACCGACACUUAUAAGGUCGUGGCCUCGCGUUAUAAUAGACGUGAACAGAGAAGUGAUGUCAGAAUUCUAAGUAUGGGUGAUAAUAUUUGGAGAGAUAUUCAAAGUUUCCCAGUUGUUCCUUUGCAUUUUGGAGCUGGUUCAGAAAUCUCUGUUAAUAAUUGUGGUGUGUAUUUCAAGAGCAGUAUUAACUGGCUGGCUAUUGAAAAUAAACUAUGGUAUCAUCGUAUGGAUAUUAAGAAUAUUACAGUUAAGCAAUUUGUUAUUGUUUCACUUGAUUUGGGAACGGAGACAUAUCGUCUAUACCUACCGCCUAGUGGCUUUGAUCAAGUGCCGCCUUAUGAACCAAAUGUUGGUGUCUUGGGGGACUGUCUUUCUUUUUCUUAUUGUUAUAACCAAACCCAUCUUAUCAUAUGGCAGAUGAAGAAGUUUGGGGUUCAAGAUUCUUGGAUUCAAUUUCUUAAAAUUAGUUAUCACAAUCUUCAAAUUAACUAUCAAUAUAGUGACGGAUAUAUGUAUAUUUUUAAUAUUGUUCCGUUAUUUCUUUCUGAAGAUGGUGAUGCACUGAUACUUCAUUGCAAUCAAGAGGUAUCCCAAGAUAUCAUCUAUAAUUGGAGAAAUAGCCGAGUAGAGCGAACAGACAUUACUGCAAGAAAAAGAAUUACUGAUGAUAGAACUAGGGAUGAUGCCUUGUGCGCGGCUGAGAACUAUUUUGAAAGCUUAGUUUCAGUUUUUUGAAAAAUAAGGAUAACCAGUAAGAGCUAAUAUAGUAUGGGAAUUAAGAGCUUAGAGGAACGACAACUAUGGCAGGGUUGAAAGAGGAAUUGUUCGGCGGAACUUGGUUAGAAUUAGUUAGGAUUUUAGAAUGAAAUUUGUCCAGUUACCCGGGGACAUGAAUUUUUAUGUACUUUGUUAUAAACCUCUUUUUUUGAUAAAACUAUGUUUAUUACUUAUAUGUUGGCUUUUUUUUAUCUUGGUUUGCAUAUUCAAAAACUUGUGCUAAAGGCUUAGGCAUUUCCUGCAUUGCAAUGUUUAUUACCUGUUUGUCUCACUUUAAGCCUUGGUGAAAAAAAGUGCGUAACAUUUAUUAA